UGUUUAUGAAGGAAAGCGCCAGCAUCCAGUGUCGUCCCACAGUGAACUGCAGCGGCUGAACCGGACCAGGUGAUGGAGUUCCUGCUUCUCUCUCAUGUGCCUUUGAGGAACACUCUCCACCUGCUCUGACUGAAGAUACUGCUGUUUGGACCAAUGCUUCCCCGCACCCACUCAAAGUGAGCUAACAGUCCAGCCCCAUGAGGCCAGCUCCAGUAAUGCAUCACAGAGGCUUCAACAUGCCUCUGUCCAGCCUCCUGGCCCUGACCCUGGUGCUGCUGGUGCCCACCUGUUGGGCUGAGUCCCAGCGCAGUGACCCGGUGGUGGGAAGUGCCCUGCCCUCCACCCUGAUCCCCUACACUGUUAUGCCCUCGGGUAACAGUAGCUUCCCCUGGAAGGACAAGUGUGAUGAGGAGACCGUGUGCAGGCCCGGCAUCCUCCUCCCUGUGUGGGAGCCUGCCGACCCCGGGCUGGGGCAAAAGGUGGCCCGCGCUGUGGUCUACUUUGUGUCGCUCAUGUACAUGUUCAUGGGAGUGUCCAUCAUUGCAGACCGCUUCAUGGCGUCCAUCGAGGUCAUCACAUCACAGGAGAAGGAAGUGACCAUAACACUGCCCAAUGGAGAGACAUCUUUAGCAACGGUUAGAAUCUGGAACGAGACUGUGUCCAACCUGACUCUGAUGGCUCUGGGCUCCAGUGCUCCUGAGAUCCUCCUGUCUGUCAUAGAGGUAUGUGGUCACGAGUUUAAGGCUGGAGAGCUGGGUCCGGGCACUAUUGUUGGCAGCGCUGCCUUUAACAUGUUCGUCAUCAUCGCCAUCUGUGUGUGGACUAUUCCCAAUGGAGAGUCACGCAAAAUCAAACACCUGCGCGUGUUCUUCAUCACAGCAUUCUGGAGUAUCUUUGCCUACAUCUGGCUCUACCUCAUCCUGUCAGUCAUUUCGCCUGGCGAGGUGCAGAUUUGGGAGGCACUUGUCACACUGCUCUUCUUCCCUGUGUGUGUGCUACUGGCCUGGAUCGCAGACCGCCGCCUCCUCUUCUAUAAAUACAUGGGCAAGCGUUACCGUGCCGACAAGCGCCGUGGCAUUGUGGUGGAGACAGAGGGGGAUCUGACUCCCAAUAAAGCCACAAUGGAGAUGGUCGUUGAUGGCAAGUUCCCGACACGAGGGGGCACCAUGGCUGAAAACUGCAGGGGAAACACUCAGGAUGACACAACUCUAGACAACUCUACGGGAGCAGCAGGAGCCUCUGCCACCGGAGGAAGCCAUCUGCCCACCUCCAACAGCACAAUGGUCAACAUGGAGAGCAACCGUGAGCUGGACGAGAGCCGCAAGGAGGUGAUCCGCAUCCUGAGAGAGCUGAAGCAGAAGUAUCCGGAUAAAGAGCUGGACCAGCUAAUGGAACUGGCCAACUACUAUGCUCUGCUGCACCAGCAGAAGAGCAGGGCCUUCUAUCGCAUCCAGGCCACACGGAUGAUGAUUGGAGCGGGGAACGUGCUGAAGAAGCAUGCAGCGGACAAUGCCAGGCGCACAGUGAUCACACAGGAGGAGACCCAAGAGGAGGACGACCUCGACAUCUGCAGCCACAUCUCUUUUGAAAGCCCCCACAGCCAGUGCAUGGAGAACUGUGGAGUGCUCAUCCUCACUGUGGUCUGCCAUGGUGGUUUGGGAGAGAACACCUUCUAUGUCGACUACAGGACUGAGGAUGGCUCUGCAAACGCAGGCUCAGAUUAUGAUUAUAGUGAAGGAACUUUGGUCUUCAAACCUGGAGACACACGCAAAGAGAUCAAGGUGGGCAUCAUUGAUGAUGACAUAUUUGAGGAGGAUGAGCACUUCUUUGUCCGCCUGUUGAAUUUGCGUGUGGGUGACGCAGAGGGCAUGUUUGAAAGUGACGAGGUGGGUGCUGCUCCCAAAGCCCGUCUGGUUGAGCCCCUGGUUGCCACGGUGACCAUCCUUGAUGAUGACCACGCAGGAAUCUUCACAUUCAGCGACAGCACAUGUCGUGUGAGUGAGAGUGUGGGCACAAUGGAGGUGACGGUGGUCCGCAACUCUGGAGCUCGAGGCACAGUCAUCCUCCCGUACCACACUGAGGCAGGCACUGCCAAGCCUGGGGAGGACUACGAGGACGCCCACGGCGAACUGGAGUUUACCAACGACCAAACCACUCAGACGAUUCAGGUGCGGAUCAUUGAUGAUGAGGAGUAUGAGAAGAAGGAGAGCUUCUAUAUUGUCCUGGAGGAGCCACGCUGGCUAAAAAGAGGCAUCUCAGCCUUGCUUCUCAACCAAGAGGGGCAGGAGGGACAGCUGAGUGCAGAGGAGGAGGAGGCUCGGAGGAUCGCUGAGAUGGGGAAGCCCAUUCUGGGAGAACACAGUCGCCUGGAGGUGGUCAUCGAGGAGUCCUAUGAGUUUAAGAGCACAGUGGACAAACUGAUAAAGAAGACCAACCUGGCUCUGGUCAUUGGCACACACUCUUGGAGGGAGCAGUUUGUGGACGCUGUGACUGUCAGUGCAGGUGAUGGGGACGAGGACGAGGAAGGCCGAGAGGAGCGCCUCCCUUCCUGUUAUGACUAUGUCAUGCACUUCCUCACUGUGUUCUGGAAGGUGCUGUUUGCCUGUGUUCCUCCCACAGAAUAUUGGAAUGGCUGGGCCUGCUUCUGCGUGUCCAUCAGUGUCAUCGGGGUCCUCACAGCCAUCAUCGGAGACCUGGCCUCUCACUUUGGCUGCACUGUGGGCCUACGAGACACCGUCACAGCUGUGGUCUUUGUAGCUCUGGGAACGUCUAUUCCAGACACCUUUGCCAGUAAAGUAGCAGCCAUACAGGACCAGCACGCUGAUGCCUCUGUGGGCAAUGUGACCGGCAGUAAUGCCGUCAAUGUAUUCCUGGGGAUUGGAGUGGCCUGGUCUGUGGCGGCUGUAUACUGUAAGAUCAAAGGGAAGAAGUUCAUAGUGGACCCUGGCUCUUUGGCCUUCUCGGUCACUCUCUUCACCAUAUUUGCGUUCAUCUGCAUGGCUGUGCUGCUGUUCCGCCGCCGGCCUUCUAUCGGGGGGGAGCUGGGGGGGCCCAAAGUGCCACGUCUCCUCACCACUCUGCUCUUCCUGGGCCUUUGGUUCCUCUACAUCCUAUUCUCCAGCCUGGAAGCCUACUGCCACAUCAGUGGCUUUUAAGCACAAACACCUCUGGAUGCCACCAGGCUGCACACACGGCUUAGUACCUGCAGUAGUUUUUCACUGCGUGGCGUUCAUAAUGACUGUAAAUAAGCAUGAAGUUCUCCAACAUAAAGUGAUAGCAGCAGCUGCGUGUGGUGAGCAGAACUGACAACAUGAGUGAUAAUGUUUACAUUCACUAAAGACCAAUAACACAAGGCUGCAUCAUCAGGCAGUUUGAAAACAAAAGACAAGUUUGAACAUUGUAGCAACUGUCAUUGCAGCUUUUUGGAGUUUGUUAGCCAGACCAGUGCAGCUUAUAGUUUCAACUGCUCCCUUCUGUAGUCCUGCUCAUGCAAGUCACAUAUGGAAUGGUCUUUUUCAAGGCAUGGAGCAGAGGCUGGGUCCAGGGUGAGACAAAGGCCCCUAAAUAUAAACAAUGUAAAUAAAUAGUACCACAAAAUAUUGUGUGCAAGGAAAUUAUAGACAAAAAAACAAAGCACUGCCACUCCCUUUUUCUGAUAUAAUUAGUGUACCCCACCCAGUAGACUGUUGUUUGUAUGGGCUAUGGGUAAAUUUUGCCGUAGUAUUAAUGAUGGCAAACAGAGCCUAUGAGUCUUUCCCAUGACUGUAGGAGGAGAGCCGUCACUGGUCUGAGUCUAGGAGCAUUUUUAAGAGUGAGUGUGAGUGAAACCCAAGAGGAAGGACCAAUGUGUUUAUGAGCCAUAUGCCUGGUCUCCAGGGUCCCAGUGAUGAUGUCAGUUAGGUGUAUGUCAAUGAUCCCUUGCAUGUAUGUAGCUGUUUCUCUGACAAUAUCAUGGCUGCUACUGUGUGUCCUUAAUGUGAAGUGUGUAGUGGGAGCUCAGAAGGACCAAAGGAUAUGAUCCUCUUUACAUAAGUGACAGUGUUAGUAACCCAGACAUCUACAUCCCUAUCAAGAGAAAUGUUUUCCGCCGUUCUUAUUUGACUAAAUACUGCUGCCACAGAGCCUUUAGUUCACAUCACAGAAGCAAUUGUUUAUUGCUCGUGCUCACAAUGGCCUUCAUUCAUCAAACCUGUGCCAGACGAGUACAGCCAUUUGUCUGUUCUGA